CGACUACUAGACAGCAUAGCGAGAAAGAUUGGGUGCUACCUCGACACGAUGGCUCUGCGAACUGCUCUCAGUGGAUCGAUCAGACCGGUGUAUCGAAUCACUCCUUUCGCAUCGGAGCAUCUGAUUGCCUCGACAUCGAGAGCAGGGUUUCACUCAAGUACCAGCAAACGAGAGGACUCGAAACCUCCGUCUUCAUCUUCUUCCAGCCAAGGACCUCAGGCUGCUCCGCGAGCACAACGUGCUCCUGUUCAGACAACUACUGUUCUACAAGAUGCUCCACCUCCUCCUCCUCCUCCUCCUGCUGUAGCGCGAUUUCCUUUUGGCGAAACCCCCGCACCUAGGACUAAACCAAAGCCAUCCGCUUCAUUCACCCUUCAUCCCGAUCAACCAUCUCAGGUUUAUCCCAAACAGCGACGUGAUGGCUCAGCUUUCGAACCGGAACCCACUGCUUCCAGAUCUAGCUCAAAGUCGACCUCCUCACCCUCGAAUCCUCUGCCCAAUCUCUUUGGAGAGAAAAAGGCACCUCGAAUCCCGAUGGCCUCAGCGAUGAAGGAGAUCAAGGGUGGAUCCAUGUUAUCUGAUAAUCCACGCUAUGCCCCCAUAACCAACCUUCCAGAUGAUGAAUCUUUGACGCAUACACUCUAUAUCAACAGCACUCGAAACAAUAUUCAACUCUCACUCCAGGAUGCUCUGGGUAAACUUGGUCCUACCAUCUCGGGAGGAACAGGCAGGACGUUCAAAGGACAAGGGAGAUCCAGUGUCGAAGCGGCUCAUCAGGCUACGGUCAAGAUGAUGGAUCGGGUCUUGGAAUACAGUAGAAAAUUACCAGAUGCCAGGAUAAGACUACGACUCACUUUCAGGGGUAUGCAGGGAUCCGGGAGAGAGACUGUCUUUAACGCUAUCACUGGUCCCACUGGAGACGACUUCAGGCCUUUCAUUGGUAGAGUCGAGGAUAGGACACCUUUGAGGUGGGGAGGAAGAAGGCCCAGAAAGGCCAGGCGUGUUUGAGGAUUGUAAAUCAAAAUGCAUCUGUUACGGAAUUCGAGCACCGUUCCCUGCAUCGGAAGGACGCGGUGCUGAUUCUCUUUGACUGACCCCGCAGGCAUGUCUCACACCGCUCAUAGCCCCUUGCCUGGCACUUUCGAAGCCCCUCGAUUCGACCCUUCCGAAUCGAGUGGGUCAAAAAGUUUAGCCUAGAUCAGUCAUCAGUAUACAAACCCUCAUCUAUUCCUCGGUAUGCUGUCCCAUCUCUACAGCCACCGAGUUAUGCUUAGAGAGAACAUCUGCGUUUUAUGUGUACAUGGUGAUACAUAUGCAUUGCUAUCAAUCCGC